AUGUAUGCGGAUGAAAAUAAUGAUGAUAAUACUGUAUUGUAUGACAACGAUGAUUUUAUGAACUUCCAUUAUGUGUGGAUUAAAGAUUUGUCACGCCUAGUGUCUAAACAAUUAUCGAAGAAGGCACAUCGAAAACAUAUCUGUGACCGUUGUUUACACUACUUUUCAGGUGUUGAAAGAUUGAACGCACACAUUGAAAAUUGUAAAAAAAUGAAUGAGUGUAAAAUUAAAUUACCGACGCCUGACAAGAGUCUGAUCACAUUUAAAAAUUUUAAGAAUAAAGAAAAGGUGCCAUAUGUAAUUUACGCCGACUGUGAAAGUCUACUUCUUCCAGCGGAUGAAGAUGUAGACAAUUUAAGUAAGACUGAAGUCUUCCAGCGUCACAAAUUGUUAAGCAUCGGAUAUUAUAUCAAAUGUAGCUACGACGAAUCAUUAUGUAAAUAUGUGCCGUGUCCGAAAAAUGAAUCUGACCCUGCGAAAUGGUUUGCUGAGGAGUUAAAGCAGAUUGCAGAGAAAAUGAAUAAAGUUUUUAAAAAUCCGUUACCGAUGACUGCUUUAACUCCUCAAGAAAUCAAUGAUUUUAAGCAAGCGACAAUAUGUCACAUUUGUCAUGAGAAAAUACAGGCAAGCGAGAAGAAAGUCCGCGAUCACUGUCACCUUACUGGCAAAUAUAGGGGUGCUGCCCAUGAAUCAUGCAAUUUAAACUAUCAAGAUUGUCAAACGAUCCCCGUAGUCUUCCACAAUUUAAGCGGUUACGACGCCCAUUUUAUAAUUCACGCGAUUUCUACGAGCUUUGAAGGAAAAAUUGACCUCCUCCCCAUUAAUAAAGAGAAGUAUAUCUCUUUUACUAAACACGUCAAGGGGAGUGAGGUCAAUUUUCGAUUCAUUGACUCAUUGCGAUUCAUGGCAGCAUCCCUAGAAAAACUCGCAUCAUACCUAGACGAGUAUAAAAUUGUAAGCUCCGUUUUUGCCAGUACGGUGACAGAUCCGGAUAAAAUUAAAUUAUUGACGCGCAAGGGUGUAUUCCCCUAUGAAUACUUUGACUCGAAAAGUAAGUUGGAUGAGACAGAAUUGCCCCCGAUCGAGAAAUUUUAUAGUACUCUGUAUGACGCUGGUAUUUCUGAUGAUGAGUAUGCGCAUGCGCAGAAUGUAUGGACCGAGUUUGACUGUAAAAAUCUAUAUGACUAUGUCCAUUUGUAUAUGAAAACUGAUGUAUUGUUACUUGCGGACGUCUUUGAAAAUUUCCGAGUAGAAUGUGUAAAAGCGUAUGGUUUAGAUCCUGCCCACUACUACACAACCCCCGGUUUAACUUAG